AUGUCAUCAUCUGGUAACGUCUUGGUCGUAUCAAAUAGAAUACCUGUCACUUUGAAAAAAACUCAAGAUGGCCAAUAUCAAUACAAUAUGUCUUCUGGUGGGUUAGUUACCGCUUUACAAGGUUUAAAGAAAACAAGUACUUUCCAAUGGUUUGGUUGGCCUGGUUGGGAAGUUCCUGAAAAAGAUCAAGCAAAAGUUACAAAAGAUCUUGAUGAAAAAUUUAAUGCUUCACCUGUUUUCUUAAGUGAUGAAAUUGCUGAAUUACAUUAUAAUGGAUUUUCAAACUCAAUUUUAUGGCCUUUAUUCCAUUAUCAUCCUGGUGAAAUAAAUUUUGAUGAAAAUGCUUGGAUUGCUUAUAAUGAAGCUAAUCAAGCUUUUGCAAAUGAAAUUAUAAAACAUGUUAAAGAUAAUGAUGUUGUUUGGGUUCAUGAUUAUCAUUUAAUGUUAUUACCUGAAUUAUUAAGAGAUAUGAUUCAGGAAAGAGGUAUCAAAAAUGUUAAAUUAGGUUGGUUUUUACAUACUCCUUUCCCAUCUUCAGAAAUUUAUAGAAUUUUACCUGUAAGACAAGAAAUUCUAAAAGGUGUCUUGAGUUGUGAUUUAUUAGGUUUCCAUACUUAUGAUUAUGCAAGACAUUUCUUAUCAUCUGUGGAAAGAAUAUUAGGUGUUAAUACAUCUCCAAAUGGGGUUGAAUAUAAAGGUCGUUAUGUUAACGUUGGUGCCUUCCCAAUUGGUAUUGAUGUUGAUAAUUUUACUGAAGGUUUGAAAAAACCAAGUGUUGUAGAAAGAGUCACUGCAUUAAAACAAAAAUUUAAAGAUACCAAAAUCAUUGUUGGUGUUGAUAGAUUAGAUUAUAUUAAAGGUGUUCCACAAAAAUUACAUGCUUUUGAAGUUUUCUUAAAUGAACAUCCAGAAUGGAUUGGUAAAGUUGUCUUGGUUCAAUUAGCUGUUCCUUCAAGAGGUGAUGUUGAAGAGUAUCAAUCUUUAAGAGCAACUGUUAAUGAAUUAGUUGGUAGAAUUAAUGGUACUUUUGGUACUGUGGAAUUUGUACCAAUUCAUUUCAUGCAUAAAUCAAUCCCAUUUGAAGAACUUAUAUCAUUAUAUAGUGUUAGUGAUGUUUGUUUAGUUAGUUCAACAAGAGAUGGUAUGAAUUUAGUUAGUUAUGAAUAUAUUGCAUGUCAAGAAGAAUUAAAAGGUUCAUUAAUUUUAUCAGAAUUUACUGGGGCUGCUCAAUCUUUAAAUGGUGCUUUAGUUAUUAAUCCUUGGAAUACUGAUGAAUUAUCUCAAGCUAUUCAUGAAAGUUUAACAAUUCCUCAAGAAAAAAGAUCUUCAAAUCAUUCAAAACUGUUCAAUUAUAUUUCUAAAUAUACUAGUGCUUUUUGGGGUGAAAAUUUUGUUAAAGAACUGUAUAAAAUUGAUAAUCAAAAUUAA